GAGAGCUCAUGACCUCAUGCAUUAGUGAUUGGGUAACCAAACUUUCACAAGUUAUUGUUUCUUCCAUCAGUAUCUCUCUGGAUUAAUCUUGCUGGAUUAAUGGUAGUGUUGUAGCCUACAUAAAGACGUCACAGCAGGAAUGGGUUUUCUGCAGUAUUACACUAUGGUCACAAGUUCUGUCGUUACCAAUAGAGUUCAUUGGAACUAACGACCAUAGUUAGCUAACAAUGCUUUUAGGAAACGCAACCUGAAUAGAUACAAAUGCGUUAAAAUGCUGAGUCUGAACUGUUAAUGAGGGCAGUAAACCGAGGGCCUAUAAACUCACGCCUGUGGUUUAUUCUGCUUGGUACACUCUAUGUUUGAAGCACAGUGUGUGGGUGAGAUGUACUUUCUUACAUCCGUAAAGGAACUUCUUGAGAAGAACAGAGUGCAAAACUGACUUAAGAGUCAGACUGAAAGUGCAAUUUAAGUAAUCUGGUAAACACUCAUCAGGCAGGAUGAGUUUCUUUCUUCUGUUUACGCUUAUCUUCUUCAUCUUUUCAGGUGUGUUUGGUGCUGCCAAAGUCAAUGAAAUCCAAUCCAUAUCAGUGAUGAGGGGAGAUUCUGUCACUUUACACACUGAUCUUACUGAAGUACAGAGAGAUGACCUGAUACUGUGGACAUUUGGAUCAAAAGAUGUUCCAAUUGCUGAAAUCCAUGAGCAGGUCAUCUAUAUGUAUGAUAGUAAAGGACGUUUCAGACUGGAAGAAAAGACUGGAUCUCUGACCAUCAGAAACAUCAGAACUGAAGACUCUGGACUUUAUGAACUAACAGUCAUCAACAGCGGAAGAACCUCAUACAAGAGAUUCAAUGUUACUGUCAGUGAUGCUUUGGAAAUAAAUGUCGCUUACCUGCCAGUUCCUGUCAUCAGCAGAGACUCCUCACAAUGUUCUUCAUCAUCAUCAUCUUCAAACUGUUCAUUGUUGUGUUCAGUGGUGAAUGUGAGUCAUGUGACUCUCUCCUGGUACAAAGGAAACAGUUUAUUGUCCAGCACCAGUGUGUCUGAUCUCAGCAUCAGUCUCUCUCUACCUCUGGAGGUGGAAUAUCAAGAUAAAAACAGCUACAGCUGUGUGAUCAACAAUCCCAUCAGCAACCAGACUCAACAUCUGGACAUCAGCAAGCUCUGUCACACAUGUUCAGACUCAGUCACAUGUUGUGGUUCUACAGAAGCUGUGAUUCGAUUGGUCAUCUCUGCGCUGGUGGGCGUGGCUACUGUCACUGCAGUGAUUUAUGACAUCAGAUCUUAAAGAGUUCAAUAAGACAGGAAUACAAGGACACCUGGGCAGCA